CAGAGAUGUCAGUCGCUGACGCGUUGCAAAUAAACCCAGAGCCACCGCCAGCUACAGAACCGAUAGAUGAGGGUUUAGACGCGCACUCUUUUAAGCUCUAUCUCCAGGAUCUCCUACCAAAAUUAUUGAAUGCAGAUACGAGCGAUCUAAUCACGUUAUGGAAUGAAAAUACAGAAGAAGAUAUCCUUAGAUUUGCCAAUGACCAAUCUCUCAUGGGUCUUUAUAUCCAACAACUACGGACAGACGAUGAUCCACCGAGAUUUACUUACAAUCUGACACACACGUUGACGCACCCCCCAAAUUUAGUUUCUACUGUAUUUAUGUUGAAGAGAUUCCCCACUCUCUCGCCCGUAGAUCCCCUCUCUUCUCAACUCGUCAUUCUCAAUCUUGCAGAUGGCGGCUAUGAAGUAUUGCACGCGCUUGUGCAUCUCGCAGCUGCACCAUACUUUGAUGCUUUUGUUAAUGCGAAAGGAAAAGGUGGCGAUAUCAACAAAUCGAAAGACUCAGAUGCGAAAUUGGGUAUUCCAAUGACAAAGAAGAAGUUUGCAGAAUUAGAGUUGUCUUUACUCCAUUUACAACAAAAUGUUGAAAUACCUGAAACACAUCUUGUUAUUCAUUCUGCUGUCAGGGAUGCUGUCACUAUGGCACAUAACGCUGGGACGAGACCCGCACCAUCUGAUGUUCAACCGCAAUCACUUCUCAAUGAUAGCACAUUCCUCAAUCGUCUACAAAAUGAUGUCAAUAGUUGGAUCAAAGAAAUUAGAAAUGUUACCAAGUUAAACAGGGAUGUCGCUAGUGGUACUGCAUCACAGGAAAUUAACUUCUGGUUAAGUAUGGAGAGAGCACUCGAGAGUAUUGAAGAACAGCUGAAGUCUGAACCAAUCAUGCUCACUCUUGAAAUCCUUAAGUAUGCCAAACGUUUCCAUGCAACUGUCUCAUUCAUCGCUGAUACCGGUUUGAAAGAAGCGACUGACGUUGUACACAAAUAUAAUCAACUCAUGAAAGAUUUCCCUCUAGAUGAACUCUUAUCUGCGACCGAUUUCGAUAAAGUUCAAGACAGUUUAUAUCUCAUAUUUGGACAUAUCAAUAAAAAGCUCAAAUUAUCACCAUACCCAAUUAGACGUGCAUUACCUUUAGUAGAAGCCAUUUCGAAGGACUUUAAUGAUCAAAUGCUUAGAAUUCUUCAAUCCCAUAGACUGAUGUAUAUGGAAUAUGAAAGUUUUGAACGCUCUAUCAAUGCUGCAGAUUCCGCUUUCAGAGUCUGGGAUGAUGUACUCAAAGAAUUUACAAACGUGGCGCGUGAAGUAACACGAAAGCGUUCAGAAAAGUUCUUACCAAUUAAGAUUAAUGCAGCCCAUUGGAAGUUAGCUGAAAGAUGUAAUUAUUUACGUAACUUCCGCAAACAGCAUGAACAACUACGCACGAUGACUGCAAUGAAAAAUACAAAAGCUGGCAGUGGCGUCGUAGCUGACAACCUGACUGAUCUUGAUAUGGAAGAUGAAGUUAAGGCUGCAUAUGAUACCUUAAAAAAUGUCAAUGUAUUGGAUAUUUCAGUUGAGGGGACGGAGAUCUGGAUCGCCGCUGAGACUGCUUACAAUGAACGUGUGGCUCGCGUCGAAAACCAAAUUAUUGCACGUCUCAGGGAUCGCUUGGGUACCGCACGCAAUGCAUCUGAAAUGUUCAGAGUAUUUGGUUAUUAUAAUGCACUUUUCGUUAGACCAAAGAUUCGUGGAGCUAUAUCAGAAUAUCAAACGCAACUCAUUGAUUCCGUCAAGGAAGAUAUCAAACGUUUACAUGGAAAGUUCACGAUGCAGUAUAAAAACACGGAAGCAUUUCAUAUGUCCCAACUCAGGGAUAUUCCUCCAAUUGCUGGUGCCAUUAUCUGGGCAAAGCAAAUUGAAAGACAAUUGAACAUGUACAUGAAACGUGUUGAGGAUGUCCUUGGUGAAGGAUGGGACUUAUAUGCUGAAGGUGCCAAGCUACAAAGCGAAAGUACAUCAUUCAGAAAAAAGCUUGAUACUAAACCAAUCUUUGAUGCGUGGUUACAUGAAAUUAAUCGACGUGAUAUGCGUAUUGAAGGUCGUUUGUUUGAAAUCAAUCGCACUCGUAAUUCUCUCACAGGUGAAUUAAAUGUCUACCAACUUGGUGUCAAUUUCGAUCCACAAGUCAUCACACUUUUCAAGGAAGUGCGUAAUUUAAUUUGGAGACAAUUCCAAGUUCCUCAUGCUAUCGUUAACAUUGCCAAAGAUGCCAAGCGUGUCUACCCACACGCAGUUAGUUUAAUGGAAACUGUAAGAACUUACUCUUUGACGGUAGAAAGAAUACUAGCGAAUCCCGGUAUCGAAACAUUGAUUGCUGAAUAUAGGAUAGAAGCUCAAAAUAUAAUUACUAGAGGUAUGCCUUUGAGAUGGGAGUUUUUCGUAAACACUUAUGAUACACGCUUUGGCGCCUUGUCAAGUAUUGAAGGUCGUGAAGGAAGACACAUGUAUUUCAUACGCGAAUUCGCAAGCUCUGUUAGCAUAUUACAAGAUAAAACAGACGAUCUGAUAGAUACGUAUAAUGAUGUGAUGAGAAUAAUUGAUGAGCUUUCAACUUGCCCCUUCAAUAACGAAAUCUUUACUUCACAUCUUACUACUAUUCAAAAGACGAUCGACAAGCUCAACCUUGAAGGCUAUGCAAACCUUGAUAGUUGGGUUGCAGCGCUGGAUAGCAAGAUCGAGAACGUUUUGCUUGAGCGUGUCAAGCAAAUUAUUGACGAAUGGUGUAUUGCCUUCAAUAGAAGUAAAGAAGAAGCACCAGUUAGUCGCUCAAAAGAGGCCAUCAGAAAGAAAGUAAAGCAUGAACAUGAACAUUUUGUCGAAUUGGAACAACUCUACCAUGAAAUUAGGAUCAGAGAUCAAGUAAUUUAUGUUGAUCCUCCAAUUGAACAUUCACGGACAGAGUGGUACAAACAAUUACAUGUCUGGUUAGGUGUUAUAUGUAACCUCCCUCGAAUCCAGUCAUCUCGAUAUGAAAUUGGACUACAAUUCGAUAAGGUAUCAGAGUCAAGUCAUGAUAACACUUAUACCACGCUUUUGACGAAGCUUCCAUUUGAGACUCUUUCAAAACCAUUUGCACUUAUUGAAGAUAAAGUGAAGGAUGUUGGGGAAUACGUUGGUAAAUGGUUACAAUUCCAAUCAUUAUGGGAUCUUGAAGGCGAACAGGUUUAUAGCCGUCUUGGCGAUUCAUUGGCUUUGUGGCAGCAAUUACUCAGUGAAAUCAAGAGAACGAGAAGCACCUUUGACACUUCUGACACCCAACACACAUUCGGCGCUGCUAUCGUUGACUUUGCUCAAGUACAAGUCAAAGUCAAUGCCAAAUACGAUUUCUGGCAGCGUGAUAUUGUUACUAGAUUUGGACAAAAGCUUAAGGACGCGAUGAAGGAUACUCAUUCAGCUAUACAAAAGGCCAGAUACGAACUAGAGACUCAAUCAAUUGAAGGCAGCUCAACUGUGCAGGCCGUAUCAUUCAUUACCUUCGUCCAAGAUAUUAAGAAAAAGGCAAAGAAGUGGGAUCCCGAAAUUGCUAUUUUUGUUGAAAGUGAAAAAACACUCGACAAGCAACGUUACCAAUUCCCAAGUGACUGGAUGUGGGUUGAUCAAGUUCAAGGUGAAUGGAGUGCUUUCAAUGAGAUCCUCAAACGUAAAAAUGAUCUCAUUCUUGAACAAUUGUCUGGUUUACAGCUCAAGAUAGAUGCAGAAGACAAAAUUGUUCGUAACAAAAUUGAAGAGAUUACUAAGGAGUGGGAGGACAAUAAACCAAUCCAAGGUAAUAUACGUGCAGAUCAGGCCAUGAAUACUAUCAAUAUUUAUGGUUCACGUGUUGAACAACUAAAGAGUCAAUACGAUUUGGUCUUUAGAGCUAAAGAGGCUCUAGAUCUUGAGCAUAUGAAUGACGAUCGUUUGGAACCUGUUCUUGAGGAGUUAAAGGACUUACGCGCUGUUUGGACUGCUCUUUCGGGUGUUUGGGAUCAAAUUGCUGAAAUUAAGGAAACAACUUGGGCGUCCCUUCAACCCCGCAAGCUGCGAUCAUCAUUAGAAGGUCUCCUGAAUUCCACUAAUGAGAUGCCAAGUCGUAUGCGUCAGUAUAGUGCUUUUGAGUUUGUGCAAGAUACUUUGAGAUCCUAUUUGAAGCUCAACUCAACCAUUUCAGACCUUCGUUCUGAAGCUCUUCACGAUCGCCAUUGGAACCAAUUGUUCAAAAGCCUAAAGAUCAACAGAGUUUACUCGCCUAAUAACAUGACUUUAGAGAACAUUUACGAUAUUGAUUUGAAACGUAAUGAAUCACUGAUCAGAGAUGUCAUUACUCAAGCAGCCGGUGAAAUGGCAUUAGAAGAGUUCUUGAAGCAGGUCCGCGAAACAUGGUCAAGCUAUCAAUUAGAAUUGGUCAACUACCAAAACAAGUGUUACUUGAUUAGAGGAUGGGACGAUCUGUUCUCUAAAUGUACAGAACAUACCAACUCACUCACAGCCAUGUCCAAUUCACCAUAUUUCAAGGUAUUUGAAGAUGAUGCUAGAUCAUGGGAAGAUAAACUCAACCGCGUACACAAUUUAUUCAAUCUCUGGAUAGAUGUUCAACGCCAAUGGGUUUACCUAGAAGGUAUUUUCUCAAGUUCAGCUGACAUUAAACAUUUGCUACCGAUGGAAAGUCAGAAAUUCCAAACAAUCAACACAGAAUUUUACAAUAUUCUCAAAGGCGUUAAAAGAUCUCCUUAUGUUUUAGAAGUCCUUGGCAUUACAGAUGUACAAAAGCGCAUGGAAAAACUCGCUGAGACCUUAAAUAAAGUUCAAAAAGCUCUUGGUGAAUAUCUUGAACGUGAGCGUUCAUCAUUCCCUCGAUUCUACUUUGUUGGUGAUGAAGACUUACUUGAAAUCAUUGGUAAUAGCAAAGAUAUCUUAAGGAUUAUGAAGCACUUGAAGAAGAUGUUUGCAGGUAUAUCUAACGUCAUUCUUGAUGAAGAUAUCACUGAGAUUCAAGCGAUGGUAUCGAAGGAGGGAGAAGUAGUUAAAUUCUCUAAUGCAAUCCAGUUGAAAGAUUAUCCAAAGAUCAACGAUUGGUUGGCCAAGAUUGAGAGUGAAAUGAGAACAUCAUUGGCAGACCUUCUAACUGAAGCAGUCGAAUCUCUUCGCGAAUUCUAUUCUAAUGAAGAUAAAUUGGACGUCGAUAUUUUCUUAAAUUGGAUGAAUCGCUUCCCUGCUCAAUUAGUUGUCUUAGCUAUACAGGUCGAAUAUUCUACUAUUGUUGAUAAAGAUCUACAAUCUGGAUCAGAUCUGAAAAGCCCACAAACAAUCAUUCUUAGGACGCUUGAUGUUUUAGCUGAUACCGUUUUGACGAAUUUGCCAACGAUACAAAGACGAAAAUGCGAACAUCUCAUUACAGAAUUGGUUCAUCAAAGAGACGUACUUCGUUCACUGAUACGUGACGAAGUUAAAAGUCACAGAGAUUUCAAUUGGCUCUAUCAAAUGAGAUUCUACCUUGACACAAGCGUCAGUAAUUCUAUAGAUCGACUUAACGUUCACAUGGCUGAUGCUACAUUCGAUUACGGAUAUGAGUACUUAGGUGUUCCUGAUAGACUUGUCCAGACACCACUCACUGAUCGCUGUUACUUGACUUUAACUCAAGCAUUGAAUUCACAACUCGGUGGUGCACCUUUCGGGCCUGCUGGUACAGGUAAAACUGAAUCCGUCAAAGCCUUGGGUGUUCAGCUCGGUAGAUUUGUAUUGGUUUUCUGUUGCGACGAAACAUUCGAUUUUCAGGCCAUGGGUCGUAUCUUUAUCGGUUUGUGUCAAGUUGGAGCAUGGGGAUGCUUUGAUGAGUUCAAUCGUCUUGAUGAAGGUACAUUAUCAGCAGUCUCGGAACAAAUCCUUCAAGUACAGCAAGCUCUUGCAACUUCCUUUGGAAAAUAAUGUAAUGAUACCAUUUAUAACAUAUUCUCAAA